AGGGACGACGCGUCUCCCGGGUUCCCCUUCCCUCCGCGAUCCCCUCCGCGCCGCGUAGCCGAGACCCCUGAACGCGCCGCGCGACGACGACCUACAAUUUAGGACGGCAAAGUGUUUCUCUCAGCACGUGGAGGCGGUCGUCGUGGUUUUCCCAACGGAACGACGCGCGUGCGAGUCAGACAAGGACGGGGCGAGGGAACGCAGAGGACGCGGUGACCUGCGGCGCGUGCAUCCACCACAACUCCACCACGGUCACAAGCACAUCUAUACAUCGUCGCGAACGCAAGCUAUCACCUCCUCGGCCCCGGUCCGCACGCACAAAUGGUACACAAAUCUGACCACUCAUCGUGAUAUUCGACUUGCCAUCGCCCGGGACUUCGUAGGCUAUCCCUUACAGUGUAGGUGGUAGGUGGCACGGAACUUGGAUGGAAGGUCGCUGACCGACCGCACGUGUGCAACCAGUGCCGGUCCCGUCGAUGCCCCGGUGCCGUGGCUUUCGUCGCGUGCAUCAAGUCACAAGGCCGUAAGGUAAUGCACGUCCAGCUUUCUCUUCCUACUCUUUCUUCGAAGUUAUGCGUACAGCAGCCACGUAUUGCGUAAUGCCAACUUUUUAGUCUGUUAGUUCUCAAGCCCCGUCUCAAGCCCACAUCGCCUAUGAUAAUAUUGAGGUCGGUGGCCAGGCCCUGAGCGCGACUUCCAAUCCCCGAGGUUCGACGGAGGGUCACGAAUUAUGAUUAUCAUUGUAAACUAUACGAACGUGACGUACCCUCAGCUCGAGACCAGGAUGCUGUGGGAUAUAUCAAAUUAUUCUACCAUUUUCAGUUUGUGUACGAUACAGGAAGUUCCAAAUGACGACCUAUUUCUUUACCGAUAUGUACUUGAAAUUGACUCUUGAUGUGGACAGUCGAGAUUGUUAUCGGAAGCUUCGAUGCAAUCGGGACAAAAUUUCAUUCUAUAUAAGUCAGCGGAUAAUUUGGCGAACCAGAAGAAAUGUCAGCGAAAUCAGUAGUGAUGACGAUUUACAUGUAUCUCCAAGGAACCAAAAAAGCACCUUCAUUGACUCCAGCAAUGACAAGGAGGAAUCGUUCAUCUAUGAAGAUUCAUGGGACUCUAAUAAAGCAUCAUCUGAUGAGGAUGUAUACAAAGGUUCAGAUGAUGGCAGUUACAAGGGUGACGAUGCCAGUUCCCAUACGCACAGCAAUUCUGAUGAAUCAAUUCAGGAAUAUGGUCGUGCAGCAACAAGCUUGUCUCCAGUGCUACGACCCAAGCAGAAGAGGAGUGUUCGAAACAAAAUAUUGAGCGAUGAUUCUGGGGAAGAAGUAGAUGAGCACGUUGCAAGUGAUAUCGAUCAAAAUCAGAGAACUGGCAAAACAUUCAAUGCACAAGUUGUCAGUGACAACGACAGCGACAGCACUCUAAAAAAAAAUGAGAAAUAUGCUAACCGUAAAGUAGAAGUUGAUGAAUGUGAAAGCUGUGAAAAUUGUGUUACGCUAUCUGAUACAUCAGAUAGUGAAUACAACGAAAUUAAUGAAGAUUCUGCUCCCUUGGCAUACCUUGCGACUAAAUUGGAUUCUGCCAAUUCAUCGGAUAGUCAAGUUGUAGAUUCUUUGGUUAAAAAAUCAAUUGGUGUUAGUAACAUUGAUCCAUAUGUUGCGCAAAAAAGAGCCAUUCUGUGUUGUAAUAUCGAACAAGUCCAACAUCAACUUUCCAAAUCUAAGAUGUUACUGAGUGUGGCAAAUAUAAAUAUGCUCCCAGAUAAAGGUGAAAAAUUGCGACGUAGCAUAAAUGCUCAGGAAGCAGAACUCCGAAAAUUGUCAGAAGAGUUAAACGCUCUGCCCGAAUCAAGCAAACCCGUCAUAUGCAAACCAGUGGAGGUGAAAAAACCUUUUAUACCCCUAGCAUGGGAUGAUCUUCCAAAGUCGGUUAAACCACUCGGUGACCGUGCUCUGGCAACCCAAGAGAGAGACCGGGCACUGACAAUAAAGAGACUGGAAGACCUUCACGGUUCUUUGAACUCUUGUCCCAGCGAAGACGAUUUUGCUGAGGACCCAAAAGGCUUAAAAGUUAGUCUCAUGCCACAUCAAAAACAUGCACUCCUUUGGCUUCGAUUUAGGGAAAAGCAGAAACCUCAUGGUGGAAUUUUAGCUGAUGACAUGGGAUUGGGCAAGACUCUGACCAUGAUAUCGUUGAUCAUUUCGAGUUUAAAUGAAAAAGACGCAAGUGACGAAAGUGAAGAUAGUGAAGAUGAAUGGGUGCAUCGGAAAAAAGAAAUCCUUCCUAAAGGAGGAACUUUGGUUGUAUGCCCAGCUUCGCUUAUUUCUCAAUGGGAAAUGGAAAUAAACCGACGUGUCAGACGUGGCAUGUUAUCCGUUGAAUUAUUCCAUGGAACUAGCAGAGAAACCGUUGCUAGGCGUUUGGCCAAAAACGAUGUCGUCCUCACAACUUACAAUCUAAUUGGCAGAGAUUUCAAGAGCAAUAAUUCGUCCAUUCUCCAUGCGAUUAAGUGGGAAAGAGUCAUACUCGACGAGGCUCACAUAGUACGAAAUCCCAAAAGCCAGGCGUCUGAGGCAGUCUGUAAUCUUAUCGCUCAUUCCCGAUGGGCUCUGACGGGUACACCCAUACAAAAUAAAGAAUUGGAUCUCUAUGCUCUCUUAAAAUUCUUAAGAUGUUCUCCAUUUGAUGAUCUGCGUGUUUGGAAACGUUGGGUGGAUAAUAAAAAUGCCGCGGGUCACGAAAGGCUAGCGACAGUUAUGAAAACUUUAAUGCUUCGCAGAACUAAAGUGGAGUUGUUAGCUAAGGGCACUCUAGGAACUCUACCUGAUAAGAAUUUUGAACUUAUUGAGGUUAAAUUAGAUUCUGAAGAGCAGUUGGUGUAUGAAAAAGUAUUGGUAUUCUCUCGCACCCUAUUUGCACAGUUUUUGCAUCAAAGAGCAGAAAAACAACAUAUGUUCGAACUGAAUUCUGGAAAGUUUGAUGUGCCGUCAUUUUUACAAAAACCAAAAGACACGCAGUUCACAAAAAUUCAAUCUCAGUUGUUAGCGAGACACGCAGAUGUUAAAUCUAGCGAGAUUUUAGUUCUUCUGCUGAGAUUGCGACAACUUUGUUGUCACCCUGCUUUGAUUCACGCUAUGCUCGAUCAAGAAGAUAUGGUCGGACACGAUAUUGUAGAUGAAAAAGGUGAAAGCAUCGAUUUAUUGAACGGAUUGGCUUCAUUAAAAUUAGAAGAUACUGAAAAUAUUGAUCCAAACGAGAUUGGAGUAAACCGAAGAGUUGUAGAAAAUUUACUGACUUCCGAGAAUCCAGUAUUUGAAGAAACGCGACAGAGUUCUAAGACUAGAGCAAUACUGUCUACAAUACGAGAGAUACUACCGAAAGGAGAUAAAAUAGUGAUUGUCUCACAAUGGACAAGUAUGUUGAAUGUCAUCAAAGUACAGCUCGAUUCUAUUGAAGGUGCAACUUACGAUACCCUUUCCGGCAAAGUACCUGUGAAAAACAGGCAGCAAAUAGUUGAGUCGUUUAACAAACCAGGAGCAGCACCUCAAAUAUUAUUGCUAUCCCUCACUGCGGGUGGUGUAGGUUUGAAUUUGAUUGGUGGAAAUCAUUUGCUUCUGUUGGAUAUUCACUGGAAUCCUCAAUUAGAGGCACAAGCUCAAGAUCGAAUCUAUCGAGUCGGGCAAUCGAAGAGCGUUUUCAUCUAUAAAUUUAUGUGCGUCGAUACAGUUGAGCAGAGAAUCAAAGCUUUACAGGAUAAAAAGCUUGAGAUCGCAGACGGUAUUUUGACCGGUGUUGGUGCAGCAGGUGCCUCCAAGUUAUCUAUGGAUGAUCUGAAAUCACUCUUUAGCAUGUAACAUCGAUUUAACUUUUGAUUCUCCAAUAAUCAACGUUUUUUCUUUUACCUUUUUUUUUCGAGCCUCAUCAUGUAAAAUUGAACAACUAGCACAGGAAAUGGAGAUUUUAUUACUAACGUGACCAUUAUUGAUAUCACGGCUAUUUAAAUAUCCUAUGUUAGACCUCUACGAAUGUGAUAUUUCGGGUUUUUUUGAUUAUCAAAAUGCCUUAUUGCAGGUAAGAUUUAUUACUAUUUCUAUUUCGCGAUAUUUGUAUGAAUUGGUCUUGUUAUGGAGCUUCAUUUUAAUGGAUAAAAUAUUUUUUUAAGUAAUUUUGAUUACACUGUGUAUCGGAUUAUAAACCAUUAUGGUCAUAAUCAUUGAACAUACUUUUAUUGUUGAGAGAUAAAUAUAAUUCUUUUAUACCGAUGUGUCUUUUCACGCUUACAAUACAUCCUCAAACGCAUUCAUACAAGGGUACCAAAAAGUCUAGAAUAGUCAAAUAACGCGCGUAUGAAACGUUUCAGACAGAAAUGUUUCAUACAGAGAAAAGUAAGUUUGAAGGUUCUAAGCAAUUGGAGAAAGAAAAAAAUGUAAACCUCGGAUAAAGAGAACAUUGUCAAAUCGAGGUCACCCUGAUAUUUUUGAAUGGCACUCCCUUUUUAACUUCCCGUUUCUCUGAUUUCAGGAAAAAAAAAAAAAAUUAUUGUAAUUACCUCGAAAAUAACAAUUCGAGUUUUCACCAGACGUCCAUAUUGAGGUCCGGAGAACCACCUACGAUCAUUUUCAAAUACGCGUCUGUUGUGUGUAUGUAGUCGAUUUUUGUCCGACAAUAUCUCGAGAACGAGUGGUCUGAUUUUUAUGAACUUGGUCACAAGCGAUGUAUCUCUUCCAAACUUACAAUUGAUUAGAUUUUGGCUCUGAUCGGUUUAGUAGUUUUUAAAUUAUUUAAAUAACAAACUUCGCAAAAAUAGAAUAAAAUUGGUGAUAUCUUUGCAACGGAUAAAUUAUAUGUAGAUUCAAAUGAAAAUCGAUACCGGUAGGAUCACAAGUCGCUUAUCACAAAUCUGAAGUCAAAUUGGCAAAAUAAAAAUUUUACGUAGUUAAUAUGCUGAAACCAAAAAAAAAUAUUAGAAUUGUGAUGAAAAUUUAUACUCUCAAUUAGUUAUUUGGGUCGCUGAUUACGAUUCUGGAGUCAGAUUCGCAAAAUUCCAAUUUCACGCACAUAGUAUCUUAGAAGAAAAAAACCUUUCUCUGAUGUAAAUUGUAACUCUCAAGUAUUUUCAAACAUUAAAUUGAAAAAAAGAAUUGUACAGAUGAAUAAUAUUGUUUCGAGCAUAAGUAACGGGAAGUUCGAAGGCUGGCUCACAGUCAGCUCAAACCCGCUUGUUUUAUUCAUAUAUUCGUCUGGGAGACACAAAGGCCUUUCCAGAACACGAGAUGUUUCAUCAGCCCGUUCUUUAUUCGAAUUGAUCUGGAUGUAAGUCUUCAAAUCUCUAAAACCGCUGGAAACAAUUCAUACGUACGUACAAUUUCAUUGUACUAAUGAUCAUGUAACAUCAACAUGCCUUUCGAAUUAUGAAUAAAGUAAUUUUUUUCCGUUCGUGCACCGGUAUUUUGAAAAAUGCUAAGCCAAGUGGAGUGAAAGAAAAGUCGGCGAAUUCACAAAAGGCGUGAUGUAAAGUUCGAGCGGAGACAAAAGCGCGCCGUAGGGAAUAGAUCACUACCUCCAACGAAUUAUCUUCGUUUACGCCGAUCCGUUGUAAGAGUGAAUUUUCGAGAUUCAAAUGUCGUGACUGCGCACCGUUCCAUGGCCCUUCAUUCCCAGGUAUCUUAUGACAUUUGUUGCAAUCAUUUGAAUAUUCAAAGAGUCAUUCUUGGCAGCUUGAUGAAAAGUCCAUUAAGGGUGGUUAGGUUCAAUAUAUCCAUGGGUAUACGCUGAAACUUGAGGAGUAAGAAACUUUUUUCAGAACCGAUUCGAAGACUAACAAGGAGACGGCAUAGGUUGGAUGUCGCGAAUCGGGUUCUUCUUUCGCGUGGUGAAAGCUGGAGACCUCCGAAGCAACGUAGUUUUUGUCUUUUGAUCCAAUGGGCCUUAGUUCCUGAGAUAUCGCGAUUUGAAAAUUUGGGAAUUAUGGGCGGAGCCAAGCCGGUUCCGGCUGGUGGGUACACUACAUUGAGCGUUAUACGCCUAAACAAGAGCGGUUGUAGCCCAUACGGCAAAACGACGGACUGGUACGCUGAAGGUUUAUGGUUCGCGUCCCCGUACUUUUUUUUUUUUUUAAUGCAUUUUUUUUUUUUUUUUUCAUCUCUGAUGAGAUUUUGCAUGUGCAGGUAAAUAAUAUACAUGAAAUACUUUGUUCCAUAGAAAAAUCAGGUGGGACAGGGUAUGCGAUAUUCCGGGUAUUUACGUGUUAUAGAAAACCCUGCAGGUGGGAAAGGGUAUGCGAUAUUCCGGGUAUUAACAUGUUUAGGAUUUUCUCCUAAUAAUUGAUUCGUGGGGAGGUCAAAUCAAUUCUUCCACGUUUGACUCGACCUUCGUUGAUGAGAACAACGAUCCGACCUGCCAAUUAAAAAUUAUUCAGCCAGGUUGUACACCUUAUUGUCAACCGUGCGAUGUUUAUUUCUACCGGCAGGUGAAAAAUUUUAUUAAACGACUCCAAAAUAGAACGCAUUCAUUAAAAGAAAAUCGCCAGAUAAAUAGCAGAGACGAUGCACUCAAAAUACAUUCUUUAAUACACUAUCAAUUGCUGGCGCCGAUAUUUGAGGAUAUGCUACAGUAUACGUGGUUUGCAGCCAAAUUAACGUCGAAUAGAACAGUUUUUCAGAAUGUAAAUGAAAUUUGCUUUCCUGAUAGAAUGCGCAAGGUUAAAUGUGGUUGCGAUGGUAUUGCGUUCAUCGUAUGUUCGUGGUGUCGUAAGCCUCUUUGCUUCCCUUGUUUUUACGAUGUUUUUCACCCUCCAAUUUGUAAACCUACCUAUCUGAUAGAAGAAGAAUCAGAAUGAUUACCCGCCACGAAAUUUACAAGUGUAAAUUAGAUUAAUUAUUUAUUUUAUCAGACCAUAUUAUUUUGCUUUGUUAUUGUGACGUGAUUGAAAGAUUGAUUAUUUGUUGUACAAUGUUAUUUUGCUAUGUAAUUUUGACUUCAUUAUUAGAUUUAAUAUUUUAAUAUAAUGGAUAAAUAAAACUAGUAAUACAUA